CGCCCUUUUCUUGACGACAAGGCAGCCAAUUUUGUAUAUACCGCUGUAUUCUUCGUUCUUUCUUGUACUGAGCGAUCGUGAUCUGUAGAUUUGACUCGCUAUCACGAUGGCUGAUCCAAUUUCAAUGUCGAGAGAUGAAUUGGUUGGAGAAACGCCUUCGCACUCCACACCUGAGCGUCCCAAGCCUGAGGAAAUGGACUUUGUUUCGCCAGCAGAUGUACCGAGGAGUAAGCUUCAAAUUGCUGCCAUCUUGGUGGCUUUGAACCUUGCUCUCUUUGUCGCAGCUUUGGACCAAACAAUUGUGUCGACAGCAUUGCCAACCAUUGCCUCUGAAUUACACUCUGCAAGUGGUUACACAUGGAUAGGCUCUGCGUACUUGUUGGCCAACGCAGCUGCGGCUCCUAUCUGGGCUAAACUAUCAGACAUUUGGGGCAGAAAACCAAUUCUUUUGGUAUCCGUAGCAUGGUUCUUUGUGAGCUCGAUCAUAUGUGCUACAGCGCCCAGUAUGUUUGUUCUCAUCGCCGGACGUGCUCUGCAAGGUAUCGCUGGUGGAGCUCUGAUCCAGCUUACCAUCAUUACAACCUCGGAUCUGUUUUCCAUGAGACAGCGUACUCUAUUCAUCGGACUCAUGGAAUUCAUGUGGGCCCUUGCUGGUGGCAUUGGUCCCAUCCUUGGAGGUGUCUUUUCCGAAACUGUUUCGUGGAGAUGGUGCUUCUGGAUCAAUUUGCCAGUCUCAGGCACUACCUUCUUCCUCCUUCUUUUCUUCCUCGACGUCCAUAACCCGAGAACAAAGGUCGUUGAAGGUCUCAAGGCCAUCGACUUCUUGGGUAGUCUGUGCAUUCUCGGGUUGACUCUAAUGCUUCUGCUCGGUCUCGACUUUGGUGGUGUCAUCUUUCCAUGGUCAUCUCCAAAGGUCAUUUGCUUGAUUGUAUUCGGUAUUGUGAUGGGCGGUCUGUUCAUCCUGAGUGAGAAAAGGUUUGCCCGUCAUCCACUUAUGCCACUGGGAGUGUUCAGCCAUCCCUCGAACGUUGCGGUCCUCGUAGUAACCUUCUGUCAUGGCUUCAUCUUCAUCGCAGCUGAAUACUACCUACCCUUGUACUUCCAAUCCGUCAAACAAGCCUCCCCAAUCCACUCAGGAAUCUACAUUCUGCCCUUGACUCUCUGCGAAGCAUUCAUGGGCAUCAUGUCCGGCGUCAUAAUUCACACGACCGGCCGCUAUCAAGAAUUGAUCUGGGUAGGCAUGGCUCUCUGCACCCUCGGCAUGGGCCUCUACAUCUACAUCGACGCCUCUACACCUCUGGCCACCAUUCUCGGCUUGGAAGUUGUGGAAGGACUCGGUGCAGGAAUGCUGUUUGAGCCCCCAUUAAUCGCCAUGCAAGCACUGGUCGCACAAGACGAUGUAGCCACCGCAACGGCAACACUAGGCUUCAUCCGCAACCUCGCCACCUCAAUGUCCAUAGUGAUCGCAGGUGUCGUGAUCCAAAACUCCAUGGCCGCACGAGGAGCCAACCUCCGCGCCGCUGGUCUAUCACCCAAACUUCUCUCCGAAUUCACAGGAGGAGAUGCAGCGGCCAACGUGGAGAUGAUCAAGGAUAUCGUUGAUAUGGGACAGAGAAAUGCGGUCAAGGAGGCUUUUGCAUUUAGUCUGCAGAGGACUUGGAUUCUUAUGACGGCAAUCAGCGCGUUCGGAUUCGUGGCUAGUGCCUUCAUUAUCAGAAGUCAUUUGAGCAAGGAGCAUACAGAGACGAAAACGGGCAUCAAGGAGAAAAAGGAGGAGCCUGUUUCUACUGCUGCCACUUCGUAAUGCGUUGUCUGUAUAUAUCACGAUUGUCAAUUAUAGCGAACGUGUUAAUUCAAAAAGAGUAUCGUC